AACAUAAACAUAAACUAUGUAACCGAAGAAAAAUAAACGAAGACGAUCACUACAUGCGUGAGUUUUACCUUCCGUUUUUUCAGUUAAGGUCAAGCAAUGGAAAAUUACAGGAGGGACAUUAUCAGCCAGUUGCCAGAUGAUCUGCUCUUAAAGAUACUGUCGUCACUUUCUCUUAAGGAAGUGAUGGCUACGAGUUUCUUGUCCCGACGGUGGCGGUCUUUAUGGAAGUUGGGGUCUAAACUCAAGAUUGGUGAUAAAGACUUCAGCGAGUUGCUUGUCAAAUGGGUUUCCAGAUCUUUGGCUAUUAGUAACCCUCAGAUUCUAAAGAGCUUGGAUUUAAAGCUUAUCCCAGGUGAACUUGAUAGAAAUAUAAACUCUUUUUAUAGGUUCUCCUCUUUGGUUGAAACCGCAGUUUCUUGCGGUUUGAGAGAGUUGAGAAUCGAGUUUCUUUACACAUCACUAGAACUGCCGAGUAUCUUCUAUGCAUGUGGGACCCUCGAAACCUUGAUACUCUGCAGGCUACAUUUCGCGGAUGUUCCGCCUAAUGGUUCCUUGUCGUCUCUCAAAACUCUUCGCCUUUUAUCCGUCAAGUUCUCACGCGACGAAUCUGUUCAGAAGCUUCUAAGCAUUUGUCCAGUUCUUGAAGAGUUGGUUGUAAGACGAUCCGGAUAUUCCAAUGUGGAGAUCUUCACUAUCAAUGUGCCUAGUUUGACGAGUUUAUCGAUUGAUUAUUUACGUGCGGGAUCUCAUCAACCCGCGGGUGUUCAUGGAUUUGUCAUAAAUGCUCCUUCCUUAAGGUACCUGAACAUUAGAGACCGUCACAGUAACUAUUUGCUGUUCACAAAUAUGCCGGUGCUGGUCAAGGCGAAUGUUGAGGCUGUUUGUGAUCAAUCCGAGAGUCUAAUAGGAUCUCUUGCCUCAGUCCGCCAUCUCUCUUUGUGUUCUAAAUUUUCAAACAUUCCAUACCAUGCAGGCACUUCCUUUGCCUUUCUUGAACAUCUAGAGCUGUGUACUUGUUCUUCUGAGUGGUGGAAUCUACUUUCCUGCAUAAUCACAGACCCCCUAACCCUUCGAGUUCUCAAGCUUAAGUCGAUACAUCGCGCCCAUUAAUGGUUCAUUGGAACAAGCAGACUUUUGUUCCUGAAUGUUUGUUAUCGC